AGCGUCAGUCCGCGAUUGCACACCAUAGCAUACGGCACGCGCCUUUUAUACGUUACAUUUUAAACUUCGAACCAGUUUAAAAAAGAAAACGGUUUUUUCUUUUUCUUUAAAAAAAGGUGUUUUGUCGGAUAUAAUAUAAAACUGUAAGUGUUUUUUAGUGUAAAAUAAGUGUUUAAAAAAACAAUAAUAGUGAUGUUCCGCGUGGGUUUUCGAUAAUUAAAUAGUUGUUACCAGCAAAUUAAUAUACCAAAGUGAGUCCAAAACAUCCUGAAUAACAGUGCAAUAGUGUAGCCAACUUACAAAACCUAAAAGUGUUACCACAUGUCAAAAAUUGGACACUUCCGACAGUGUUAUCAAUUCAAAAGCGGAUGUAGUAUUGCCAGUUACGAGUCAGUGUUACCAGAAUGUUUAAAUAGAAUCGUUUAAAACACGUCGCCCAUACACAAUGCAGCGUCAGUUGAGCAAUGUCAGCUAUUUUUCUUACCAGGAGCACCAGCCUUCGAGAAAAUAUGGGCCACAGUAUGAGCCCGGUGGCUACGCGGCGGCAGUGCAGCAGCGUACCAACAUGACGCAGCGCGAGGACGCGCUUAAGUUCGAGCAGGGUCGGAUCAAGGCGCUGCAGGAGGAGCGGUUGCAUAUACAGAAGAAGACCUUCACGAAAUGGAUCAACUCGUUUUUGCAAAAGGGGCGCAUGGAAGUGGACGACCUUUUCGUGGACCUGGCGGACGGACGCCGCCUUCUCAAACUCCUGGAAAUCAUCAGCGGCGAAAGAUUGCCCCGGCCAAACAACGGUCGGAUGAGAGUGCAUAAGAUCGAAAAUGUCAACAAAUCGCUUAGUUUUUUGCACACCAAGGUGCGUCUAGAAUCGAUCGGUGCGGAAGAUAUCGUGGACGGGAACCCUCGUCUAAUCCUCGGCCUGAUAUGGACUAUUAUUCUCAGGUUCCAGAUCCAGGAGAUCGAGAUCGAUGUGGACGAAGAGAACGAGUCAUCAGAGAAGAAGUCCGCAAAGGAUGCCCUGCUCCUCUGGUGCCAGCGGAAGACGUCUGGCUACACCGGAGUGCACAUUCACAACUUCACCGACUCCUGGCGUUCAGGUCUCGGGUUCAACGCCCUUAUACACGCUCACAGACCGGACCUGUUCCGAUGGGCGGAUCUUUCGGAACGCGACCACGUGGCAAACCUCAACCAUGCCUUCGACAUGGCGGACAAGAACUUGGGCAUCCCGCCGCUGCUCGACGCCGAAGAUGUGGACACCAGUCGCCCUGACGAGAAGUCCGUGAUGACAUACGUUGCGAGCUACUAUCACACUUUCGCGCGAAUGAAGAACGAGCAAAAGAGCGGACGACGAAUCGCCAAUAUAAUCGGACAACUGAUGGAUUGCGAUGGCCGCAAAGCGGAAUAUAGCCGCCUGGUCUGCGCACUCCUCGAGUGGAUUAGACUGAAGAUCGAAGAGCUCAAUGGUCGCGACCUUCCCAACUCGCUUGACGGUAUACAGAGGUUGCUGCUCGCUUUCAAGCAAUACAGGACUGUGGAGAAACCUCCCAAAUACAAAGAGCGUUCAGAAAUUGAAGCUCUAUAUUUCGACAUAAACACAAUGCAGAAAAGUUUAGUGGGCGAGGCCUGGGCUCCGCUAGAGGGCCAGCUGCCGCAGGACCUAGAACGGGCCUGGCAGAAGCUUGAACAGGCCGAGCAUGCACGAGAGAUUGCUCUUCGAACUGAGCUCCUGAGACAAGAGAGACUGGAACAACUCAACUACAAGUUCAACACCAAGUCUGUCCUCCGCAAGGGGUAUCUCAAGGAAAUGAUACAAGUUCUGUCGGACCCUCGCUACGGUUCGAACCUUGCUCAAGUCGACGCUACUGUCAAGAAACACGAAGCCAUUUCCGCGGAUAUACUUGCCAGAACCGAACGUUUCGAAGACCUUUCAGCCAUGGCGAACGAGCUAGUGCGCGAACAGUACCACGGCGCUGAAGCGGUCUCGCGCACUGAGAAAGCAGUUUUGUCGCGGUGGCAGGAGUUGCUGCAACUGCUCGAGGGUCACCGAGUAUCUCUGGCACGUCUUGCUCAUCUAAUGGCGUUGCUGAGAGAAGCCGACGCUAUUGAACACACAUUGUUGGAAAUGAAGACCCAAUUUCAAUCAGAAGAGGUGGGCCGCCAUCUUGUCGACGUGGAACGUCUGCUCCAAGCACACGCCUUGCAAGAACUUCAACUGGGAGCUUUGGAUGAGUCCAUCAGGCGGUUAAUCCGGCAAGGCACGGCUGCUGAAGGCCCUGUGCAGCCUAAGCAGCAGUUGACUCAACAGCUGACGCAUUUGGAAGACGCAUAUGAUAGUCUUGUGGCCGCUGCUAAAGACCGCAAAGCGAGAUUGGAAGACGCUAGAAAUCUCUACCAGUUCCUGGAAGAUCACGACGAGGAAGAAGGCUGGGUAACGGACAAACAGCGCAUCUGCCGCGCGGACGUGGCGGCCAAAGACCUGCGCGGCGUCACCGCGCUGCGGCAGAAGCACGCUGCGCUGAUGCAGGAGCUGCGCGCCAGAGAGCAUAUCGCGCACCGACAUCGCUCGAAAGGACAGAGCCUGCUGGACGCCAAGCACCCGAAGAGCGCCGAGAUCGAGCGCCGCCUGUCGUCGCUGCACAAGCAGUGGGACGUGCUGCGCCAGCUGGCCGCGGCGCGGGAGAAGCAGCUGGCCGACGCCGCCGAGGCGCACCAGUUCUACGGCGACGCCAACGAGGCCGAGUCGUGGAUGAAGGAGAAGCGGCCGCUGCUGGCCACGGCCGACUGCGGCGGCGACGCGCCGUCGGCCGCGGCGCUGCUGGCGCGCCACCGCGCGCUGCACGAGCAGAUCGCGGCCUACGCGCAGGAGCUGCACGCGCUCAGCGCCGCCGCCGAGCGGCUGCAGGCCAGCGGCAUCCACUCGCUGCAGCUGCCCACGGAAGUGGAGUCGGCUCCGGCGAUAGAAGAAGAGGAAUGGGUGAACGAAUCGCGGCUGGUGCCAACAGAAGUGUGGGAAGAAGAGCCCGUGGAGAGACUCGAGCACCGCACGGUGACCGAGGAGAGGAGCGUGCCGCAGGUGAAAGCGCUGUACCCGUUCGUGGGCCAGGGCAUCUCCAUGCAGAAGGGCGAGGUGAUGUUCCUGAUCAGCAAGACCAACCCCGACUGGUGGUCGGUGCGCAAGGCCGACCGCAGCGACGGGUUCGUGCCCGCCAACUACGUGCGCGAGAUUGAGCCCCGCGUCGUACCGGUGCAAGUGCGCCGGCCGGAGAAGGUCCGCACCGUGCAGCGCGUGAAGAAGACGGUGCUGGUGAAGCAGGUGGUGCCCGUGAAGCGCAGCAAGCCGGCGGCGCGCCGGGCCAAGCAGGCGCCCGUCGAGAAGGCGCCCGCCGUCGAGGACCGCAUUCAGCACAUACAGAAGGACUACGACGAACUGCUCCAACUUUCUGCGCAACGCCGCGCGCAGCUUGAAGACGCAAUAAAACUAUACAGCUUCUUCGCCGAGUGCGAUGACUUCGACAAGUGGAUCAAGGAUAAGGAGAAGAUGCUCAGGGCUGAUGAUAGUGAGGACAGCGUUGACACUGCUAAGAGGAAGUACGAGAAAUUCGUGACAGAUUUAUCAGCCGCCUCCAAACGCCUAGAACAUAUCGACGCGGCCGCAGAGGAAUUAGUCGCAGCAAAACACGGUCAGGCCACAAAGGCUACUGCGCGCAGGCAACAGCUGAGGCAGCAGUGGGAGAGGUUGCUGAGGCUUAAACAACAGAAGGAGAAGAGUCUGGAAGGAGCGUCCAGCGUGGAACUGUUCGGGCGGACGUGCGACGAGGCCCUGGACUGGAUGGCGGAGAAGGAGCAGCAGCUGGCCGCCGGCACGGCGCCCGCCGCCGACCUGCGCACGGUGCAGGCGCUGCAGCGCCGCCACGCGCAGCUGGAGAGGGAGCUGGAGCCGCUGCGGGAGAAGGUGCACACCGUCAGCCUGCUGGCCGACUCCGUAAAAUCGCAAUACCCGAAUGAAAAAGCCAACGUAGAAGGUCGCCAGAAGGAAAUUCACCAGAUGUGGGAGCGGUGCCUGGCGCAGGCCACUGAACGGCGCAGUCGCUUAGAGAGCGCCGUGGGACUCCAGAUAUUCACUGCUAGCACGCAGCAGCUUGGGCAUUGGUUACAGGAAGUCCAAGACCAACUGGCGCAAGAAGUGACAGCAAAAGACGUCGCCACUGCUGAAGCGCUGCACAAGCAGCACCAGGAAUUGAAAGACGAUAUCAAUGCACACGACGACGAAUUUAAAGAAGUGAUCAGCUUAGGCAAGAAACUCUUGGCCAACAAUCCGACGCUGUCGGAUGUAGCGGAGAAGAUCAAAUACUUGGAGACUGAGCAGCAAGUUGUAAAGAAAGGCUGGCUAGAAAAAGACGCAUACCUGAAGCAAUGUGUUCAAUUGCAAAGCUUCAACCGCGAGGCAGACCAAAUGGACGCAUCGAGCGGCGCGCACGAGGCUUACCUGGAAUUUAAUCAGGCUGCUGCGUCGGUGGACGAGGCGGAGGCGCUGAUCAAGCGGCACGAGGAGCUGGAGGCGCGGCUGGCGGCGCAGGACGAGCGCCUGGCGGCCUUCGCGCAGCGCGCCGACGCGCUGCUCAAGCAGCCGCACCACGCGCGGGAGCACGUGGCGGCGCGCACGGCGGCCGUGCUGCGGCGGCGCGAGGCGGUGCGCGUGGCGGCGGCCGAGCGCAGGCGCGCGCUGCAGGCGGCGCUGGCGCACCAGCAGUUCCUCGCGGCCACCGAGGAGUUGCAGACUUGGAUCGAAGACAAAACGAAAACCGCCAAAGAUCAAAGCUACAGAGAUCUUGCAAACUUAGAGAGAAAAUUACAAAAACACGAAGCUUUCGAGAGAGAGCUUCAAGCUAACGAGAAACAACUCAGGAAUGUUGAAAGCAUCGGGCAGUCCCUCCAGAAGUCGGACCCGGCUCGCGCGACCGAAGUGUCGGAGCGGCUGGAGGUCCUGCACUCCGGGUGGGAAGAGCUGGUGGCCGCUUCCAGGGACAAGGGGAGCAAGCUCAGGCAGGCUGCGGCGCAGAGGAAACACCGCAG